UGCAAUAGAGCGCAACAGCUGGCAGUUGUUGGGCUAUUAAUAGUCGAGCAUUCUGUGUUACGGGGAGCAUUAGACGCUCUCUGGCUGUCGCUGCCAGAAUAGUCUUGGCGCGUCGCCUUAGCAGCUAGGAACGAGGCAUUGGGUGCUCUGGCGCUGGGCAAUGCGUGAGCCAUGAGCCGGUCUAGCUAUUUGCAGGAGCGGCUGCUCUAUCAACAGCAACAGCUACGCCAGCGUCCGGCUAAUAUUAACUGCCUACGUCAACAGGCGCUGCCCGUAUACGGACGCAGCUACUCGCUAGAAGAGGACCAGACGGCUGUUGCUGGCCAUUAUGUGCCCGUGUACUCCAAGUUCGUCUAUCCCGCCCCACCGCUAGAGCAGCUGGAGUUGCAGCGUCAGCUCGGCGGCUUGCAUGAUUCGGUCAACUCUUUGGGCAGCGACUUCACAGACUACGACUAUGAGGGGCCCUACAUUGUGGAACAGCCAAUAGCACCAGACGUUGCUGCGCCCAUUCCAGGCUCCAACGUAGUGCAGAACCUGAAUGCCUUGGGUCGCUUCCUCGAGCUCCUACAGGGCUGGCCACUGCCGCGUCUGUCUUUCAACACGGCCUGCAUUUGCUCGCUCAUCAUUAUAUUUAUAGCGCCGCGCACUUGUGCCCAGAGUUUACUGUUUCCCACUUUCAGAUUGUUCUUCGGCACUCUAUAUCCGGCCUAUGCCUCCUACAAGGCGGUGCGCACAAAGAAUGUUAAAGAAUAUGUCAAAUGGAUGAUGUACUGGAUUGUCUUUGCAUUUUUCACAUGCAUUGAGACCUUCACGGACAUAUUCCUAUCGUGGUUCCCCUUCUACUAUGAGGUCAAGGUGGUGAUUGUCUUGUGGCUGCUGUCGCCAGCCACAAAGGGCAGUUCCACUUUGUACCGUAAAUUCGUGCAUCCCAUGCUGACACGUCGUGAACAGGAAAUCGACGAGUAUUUAAAUCAGGCUCGCGAGCGCGGCUAUUCAGCGGUUCUGCAGCUGGGAUCGAAGGGUGUUAACUAUGCCACGAAUGUCAUCAUGCAGACUGCCAUAAAGGGCGGCGGCAAUCUGGUGCAGACCAUCAAGCGGAGCUACAGCCUCAGCGAUCUCAGUGAGCCGGAUGUCCAUCGGACCCAGGACGAGCUGGACGAUGUCAUGAUGGCAUCGGCGUCGUCGGUGAUGAUGCGUCCCCAGCCGGCGCGGCACCUGCGGCAACGCCACCAGACGCCAGUGGGCCGCUCCGCCAGCGGUACGCGCCACUCGACGGGCAUGUACUUCACGGAGGUGGACGUCAGCGCCGGCUCCGCGGCGGCGGGCAAAAAUGCUGGCGAUUUCAACUACAAUAUACGCAGCACGGAUGACAUCAGCUCGGGCUACUCCAGUGCCGAGCCGAUUAACGCUCCACUCGGCGUCGGGCUGAGUCGCACCUCAUCCAUGACAAAUGCUUCCAAGGCGCGUGUGAAGUCCAAGCGCAACGAGCAAAUUCUGGGAGAAAUGCGCUCUGAGGUAUUUUUGGAAAAUGAGCGUUACUUUGAAGUGAUGAGAGCACAGCAGUCCAAGGAAGCUCAGAGACAAAAGCAAUUAAAGAUUGCGGAGAGUGAGGAAGUGAAUGACAAAUACAAUGAGGAGAAGAAGGAGAUGGAGGUGGAGGUGGAGAUGGUGGUGAAGGAGGAGGAGGAGGAAGCGGAAGUAGAAGUAGAUCAUGAUACGUUCUACGAGGCCAUGGAUGUCAUGGAAAUCACAAAAACAGCUGGCGAGGAAAUGCCGAUAUCCACGAAUAAGGAUGUAGCAAAUGAGCAGCAAAUGGAAACAGAACGGCUUAGCGACAGUGAAGAAUCCUUUAAGGAAGCUCUCAAUGAAGCGCCUAUUGCAAAAGAAAUCGAUGUACACGCCUGUAAGAGUGAAUCCGUUGAAAUAGAGGACUACAAAGCUCUUGUGGAUCCCUUUUUAUUGGUAGUCACUGAAUCCAGCUUUGAUGUGGCCGUGAGUGCAGGAGCUUCAAGUACAGCGCAGCCAGUUUCCCCGCGUGAGUUGCUCGCCACCCUGGAGGAGAUCAAGCACAAUUUUCGCGCCCAGCUGGAGCCGGAGACAACGCCGCUUCGACCCAAGGCUCAGCAUACCAAGGGACGUGCACCAGCGCCCCCAGUGCCGCCUUUGCCGCCUCGCAAGGACUACCGUGCAGCUGACAGCGUGAGUCUCCACUCCACGCAGUCGCUGUCUCAACUGGAGCGCAGCAAGUCCUCAGGUAUCGGCCAUCUAUUCAAGAGCUUCAAAGAUAACGUGCUGCGCAAAGCUAAUCAGCAGUCCGAUGAGGAGCCCAGUGUCAGCGGCGACUCAGCUAAAGAAACGUCCAUUUGAUGACAAGUCCAUGUCCGCUAGCUGCACUACUUUGCCCCGUAGCAGCAGCCGCAAGGCGGAUAAAUCUCAGCCAACAAAUGCUUCAAGCCAGGCC